UCCUUUUCGAAAGUGAUUGAGGCAUCCCUACUGUCGCUGCCGCCACCCUACGCCGGCGGUUCUCCUUCUGCCCUGCAUAUAAAUAUAUAUAGCCUUAAGAUUUUCAAAGAUCAUGAAGUAAUUACUGUAAUUGAUUAAUUUGUUAUCUUUAUCAUUAACCCAAACAUCGAAACUGCUUUGAAUGGCUUACGGCGGCCCCGCCGUUGCUCAGACCGCGCCGCCAGGUAGCUCGGAAACAGUGAGGCAGGUGAAGCUGGACAAAGAAUGCGAGUUGAGAGUUGAAGUCGGUCCCAAUUUUCCUCUUCGCCUCCGCUUGCUCACCGGCACCGCCGAGAUAUUCGGAACGGAGAUUCCGCCCGAGAUUCACCUCACGUUUCCUCCCGGUCACAAAUUUGCUGUUUUUACCUGGUAUGGAGCUACAAUUGAAAUUGAUGGUAUUACUGAAACUGAUUAUACAGCUGAUGAGACGCCCAUGAUCAGCUAUAUCAAUGUGCAUGCCGUGCUGGAUGCUAGAAGAAAUCGUGCUAAGGGUUCACCCAGUGAUUCUGAUGAUUCUCAGGGACCAAGGGUUAUUGUCGUGGGACCUACUGAUUCUGGAAAGAGUACAUUGUCAAGAAUGCUUCUAAGCUGGGCAGCUAAACAGGGAUGGAAACCUACCUUUGUAGAUUUAGACAUAGGCCAAGGAUCUAUAACAAUUCCUGGAUGUAUAGCUGCAACUCCGAUUGAGCUUCCUAUUGAUCCAGUGGAGGGAAUUCCUCUUGAUAUGCCUCUAGUUUACUUCCAUGGCCAUGUAACCCCUAGUGCCAACGUAGAGUUGUACAAGGUAUUGGUGAAGGAGCUUGCUCAAGUUUUGGAGAGGCAGUUUACUGGAAAUGUUGAAUCUAGAGCUGCAGGCAUGGUGAUUAAUACCAUGGGGUGGAUUGAGGGUGUUGGUUAUGAGUUACUGCUGCAUGCAAUUGAUACGUUCAAUGCCUCAGUUGUAUUGGUUUUGGGUCAGGAAAAGCUUUGGAGCAUGCUUAGAGAUGUUUUGAAAAGUAAACCUAAUGUAGAUGUGGUGAAGCUUCAGAAGUCAGGCGGUGUUGUCUCGAGAAAUGCAAAAGUCCGUCAGAAGGCCAGGGGCUCUAGGAUACGUGAGUACUUCUAUGGCCCUGCGAAUGAUCUUUCCCCUCAUUCUAACACAGCCAAUUUCAGUGAUUUGUUAAUCUAUCGUAUUGGUGGUGGACCCCAAGCCCCACGCUCUGCUCUGCCAGUUGGUGCAGAACCAGUCUCGGAUCGCUUAAGAGUGGCUCCUGUUAGUGUCAACCAAGACUUGCAUCAUCUUGUAUUAGCUGUCUCGUUUGCUAAAGAACCAGACGAAAUCAUGUCCAGUAACGUUGCUGGCUUCAUCUGGGUCACUGAUAUCAACUUCGAAAGCAAGAAAAUCACGUACCUAGCGCCCUCUGCUGGAAGCCUUCCCGGUAAAUAUUUGAUCGUGGGAAACCUAACGUGGUGCGAAUAGUGCAGUUCCGUUCGCUGCAAGCUUGUUUCCAUCGUCAUUGGACUUGAUCUCUCUAGGGUUUCUGUUGUAAAAUUGAUGCAAGUUCCAUAGUGUUAGUGCAGAACUGAGGUCUUGCAGAUGUCUGUAUACUAACUAGUUCUAUCAUGACUUGUACUCAAACGUGUUACUUUGUUAUAUGCAUGUUUACUUUAUUA